UUUUUUAUUCAAACCUUUCAAUUUGUUCCGGUGAACGGUAAAGGAUCCCGCAAAUUGUAAUAAUUUGUAAAAAGUUUGCUGGAAGUAACUGGCAAAUAAAAAAGCGGGGAUUGUGUGAGGGGAGGGGGGGGAGGGGAAUCAUUACUUUGCCGCCAGUCCCCAUUCUUCCCAAAACUAAAUGAGAGAGAGGGAGGAAGGAGGUAAAGUAGAAUGUGGAGGGAAAAUAUUGGAGGAAUUAAAAGGAAAUUAUGUAUUACCUACUUUAAUUAGCGGAUUGAAACAUAAUUCUGAUUUGGUUUUGAAAGAAACUUUUGCACCUAUUUGCUAUAUUUUAAAAGUAGAUAGCUUUGAAGAAGCAAUUUCAGUUAAUAAUGAAACUAGACAAGGGCUUUCUUCUUCAUUAUUUACACAAAAUGUUGAACGUUUAUUUAAAUGGAUUGGACCAUUUGGAAGUGAUUGUGGAAUUGUAAAUGUAAAUAUUGGUACGAGUGGAGCGGAAAUUGGGGGUGCUUUUGGGGGAGAAAAGGAAACUGGGGGAGGAAGAGAAAGUGGUUCUGAUGCUUGGAAAAAUUAUAUGCGUAGAUCUACUUGCACAAUUAAUUUUGGAAAGGAUUUACCUUUGGCUCAGGGUGUGAAAUUUGAAUAA